AUGGCUGUUUUAUUUAAUCAUAUGUUAGAUUCUGGUGUCUCAACAUUAAUAUUCUUUAUUGGCCUUGUUAUAACAAUAUUACUAGUCAUAAUUGUUUGUUGUACCAAUCCACCUAAUCCUCAUCGUAAUGGGGUUUAUAUUGUGAAGUCUUCAAAACAUAUUAGACAUUCUCAUUACCAUCAUAGAUAUCUUACGCAACCAAUAAAAACAGUAUCAUUAAAUAUUACAUGUGCACCUAGUAUUAGUAGAGAUAUAAAACAAAAUAACAUUAUUGUUAAUGGUCUUAGUACAACACUUCCUGUUUCUAAAUCAGCAAAAUUGGAUGCAAUUAUACAAUUCACCAGAGAUCAAGAAUAUGACACUAAAUAUAAUAAAUCUGGAAUCAAAGUUGUUAGCUGUGAUAGAAGUUUUCUUUAG